CCCACAUGUAUCCCACUGCUGGCUCCUAUCACAGGGGGAUGGGUGCGGGGUGCCUGGUCCUGUAGGGUGCUGCUGCCUGUAUAGAGAGCACUGGGGGGAUACAGCGGUGUUCUCCAGCCCCCGGACUCCAGCUCUUCCAUCAUUGGUUGUUCCAGUGCUUUGUGGUUGUAACCUAUUAUAUUUGCCUAAGGCAAAAGACACCUGACAUUAUGUAAGAAAGGAUAGUGGCGUGCCCAAACAACAUUUUUCAGGUUUAUUAAGUCCUGAAAACUUGUAGAAGAAACAACGACAUCCAAUAACCAAUAAAGAGUCUUGAAGUUGAUAUGAAAAAGGAGGAGUCUGAAGGAGAACUGGAACCUUGGAAGAUGAAGCCAACUCUGGAAGAUUCUAAACAGCUAAAAUGAAGAAAGACAAGGCGUUGAAUGCGGAAUAAAUGUAGACGUUGACAAGCAUCUUGAAAUGGGGAAGAAGCUGUUAGCUGCCGGGCAACUGGCAGAUGCUUUAUCCCAUUUUCAUUCAGCUAUUGAUGGUGAUCCAGAUAACUACCUGUCGUACUACAGAAGAGCAACAGCGUACCUGGCCUUGGGCAAAUCUAAAGCUGCAAUUCCUGAUUUAAGUCGAGUGAUUGAGCUAAAACCAGACUUUACAUCAGCAAGAUUACAGAGAGGACAGAUACUGUUGAAACAAGGCAAACUGGAUGAAGCAGAAGAAGACUUUAAAAAAGUGCUGAAGUCUAACCCAAGUGAUCAAGAGGAGAAAGAAGCCGCCUCACAACUGGCAAAGUCAGAUGAACUUCAACGCAUGCGCAUUCAAGGAAUUGCAGCCUACAACCAAAAAGAUUACACAACAGCAGAAAGCUUGCUAAAUGUUGUCUUAGAGACCUGUGUGUGGGACGCAGAAAGUCGGGAGCUGCGGGCAGAAUGCUACAUCAAUCAAGGAGAGUCAGGAAAAGCCAUCAGUGACCUGAAAGCUGCCUCUAAACUAAAGAGUGAUAAUACAGCAGCCUUUUAUAAAGUCAGCCGCAUAUAUUAUAAUUUGGGGGACCAUGAAAUGUCUCUCAGUGAAAUUCGGGAGUGCUUAAAACUUGAUCCUGAUCACAAGGAUUGCUUCUCCCAUUAUAAACAAGUGAAGAAGCUGAGCAAACAGAUUCAGACUGCUGAAGAACUUAUACAGGGCGGAAGGUAUGAAGAUGCCAUCAGUAAAUAUGGAACCGUUCUAAAAACUGAGCCAAAUGUCCCUGCUUAUGCUGCACUGGUCCAAGAACGUCUGUGUCACUGUUACUCAAAAAACCAGCAGCCUACUGAAGCCAUUAAAGAAUGCACAGAAUUCCUACAGGUUGAACCCAAUAAUGUCAAUGCUUUGAAGGACCGGGCAGAAGCGUACAUACAAGAAGAAAUGUAUGAAGAAGCUAUUCGGGAUUAUGAGACCGCACAGCAAAACAGCGAAAAUGAUAAACAGAUCAGAGAAGAUCUAGAAAAAGCACAAAGGCUUCUCAAGCAGUCACAGAAAAGGGAUUACUAUAAGAUCCUGGGGGUAAAAAGGAAUGCCAAGAAACAGGAAAUCAUAAAAGCCUAUAGAAAGCUGGCACAGCAAUGGCACCCAGAUAACUUCCAAGACGAGGGAGAAAAAAAGAGAGCAGAGAAGAAAUUCAUUGACAUUGCAUCUGCCAAGGAAGUGUUAACAGAUCCAGAAAAGAGAAGUCGAUUUGAUGCAGGGGAAGAUCCUUUGGACCCAGAAAGCCAGCAAGGAGGAGGUGGAGCACAUUUCCAUCGAGGAUGGAACCAGUGGCAGGGAUUCAAUCCAUUUGGCUCAGGAGGACCUUUCAAUUUCAAAUUCCACUUCAACUAGAGACUAUAGUGGUGGCACUCUCAUGCACCUUGCUAGCAAAGAAAUUGCAAUGUUUUCUUCCAAAGCUGUACAACUACCCCGAUAAAUUGGUUGGAAUGACUGCUGUGCAGGCUUCCAGUCAAGUGCAGUGAAGUCGACCAGACAAUGACUUGUUUGAAUACAUUGUCAGGAAAACAUUUUCUGUAUUGAAGACAGUUGAAUUAGUUUUCAGCUGUUGUUGUUUUUUUUUUUUUCUUUGCAAUUUCAGCAAAUGACAGUAUUUCUAGAGGAAGAAAUACUAAUUUAUUUUCCUUUCUUCAUAAUUCAGGAAUGACCUGCAAACAGGUAGAGUUCAGAGCCUGCAGCCAUUCCAAAAGACUUAUCAGGGAUACCAAAUGAUGUUAGUGACAGUAUAAAGCCGUGCCAAGACUCACCAAGGAAUCGCUACACGCGUUAAACCAUUUUCCAAAUAUAUAAAAAGAUUAAAUCCACUUCUCAUAUAUCUAGUUCUACAAUCCAGAUACUUAUUUGUCUGCCGGAUUACUCUGGUGCUUAAACAAUCUGGAGUUCAUGAUGAUCCUAAAAUUAGAUUCCGCCGUGUUUUAAGAUCCGUGAAAUGGAACAGAUCAAAUUGUAGUGUGCCUGCUUCUAUUGUGUUAUAUUGAAGAUGUAUUAUUAUUCAGAGUGUUCAGGAAGCUCAGAACUAGGAUGAGACAAGGCAGAUCUCAUCUUAUUCAUGAUCAUGGCUCACUUACAUGUAUACUACCACACUAAAAAGACAUAAUGGGAGGAACUAUAGAAGCCAAAAAAGUGGAGUACAUGACAUGCUUUGGAUUUUUUGUCUUAGACUCUCUAUGUAAAACAAAGUGACUAGAAAAAGUGGUGUGGCUUAAAUAAGUCUUAAAUUAACAAUGGGCACAAGUUAUUUGGCACAAAAUAGAUCUGUAAAGUAUGCCAGCCAUGAAGUGUCAUGAGGAAAACUUUCUAAAUGGUGUAAUGAGUUGUGCUCAUUCCAUGAUCAUCCCUUUUAUAGAUUUGGCACAAUUUUACACUUUCACAUAUACUUUGCUGUUCAGUCACAGCUGCUAGGUAAAAUAUCAGCCAUCUGCUGGAUUGCAGGAUCAUAGGAAAGACCUUAAGGUACUUACACUUUUAAAAGCAAGUUAUGGAAUUAUGGAACACUACUUUAAUAAAUAUCUUGCUUGUUUUUGUCAGCCUGAUGGAGCAAGAUUGCCCUUAUUUGACAAUUGAUGCUUUAUAUGCUGAUCUAGCAGUGUAAAUUACGUAACCUUAGUAUCCAGGCAUGCUAUGCCAUCAUCAAAUACUGUUAAUACAGGGGUCCUUUAUAAGGGGUUUCCAGGUAAAAGUUAUUGUUGACCUAUGCUCAUGGUAGGUUAUUAAUGUUAGAUAAGUGAGGAGCCGACAACCAGCACCCCUGCUGAUCAGCUGUUUGUCAGAGCCACAGCUUCACUAUACAUAGCAAAACAGAGCAGAGAGCAGACAGCUCCGUACAUCCAGUAGUGGACAAGCACAGAACGGCCACUUAACAAGGUAUGGAGCUUCCUGCACUGUUUCACUAUUUAUGAUGGAGUCACUGCUCUGGAACAGGCUGAUCAGCAGGGGUAUUAGUUGUUGGCACCUUACCUAUUUUUGGUAAUGAUGACUAAUCCAGAGAAUAAAUUCGGAAGUUUUAAGAGGUUAUCCGGUUUUUAAAAUAUGACUUAUUAAUAUUAUAUUGGUAGUGGGCCAACUCCCAGCACUCACACUGAUCAACUGCUUAAAGGGGCUGCAAUGCUUGUGUAAGCGCAGCCCUCAAGUCCAUGUACUCACUGCUAUCAGUGCAGUACCAGCAUUGAUCCAUUUAUGUGAAAAGGAUGGAGUGCUAUAGCCUCUUUAGUCAGCUGCUUAGAUGGGGUACUAGUAGAUGAACCCCACUGAUCUAUUAUUGAAGGCCUAUCCCAUUUAAUUCCUUGACUGUAGGAGUCAGGAGUUAUUAUAUGGUGGCUGUCAUCCACAUGUAUUGUCUGCAUGUGUGAACAUAGCUGAAUGUGUAGCUCCUGCCAUCUUCUUAUUGUGAAAUUCCUGUACUUUCUUUGUUACUUCACAUUUACUGUGAAGCUGCGGGAAAGCGUUCAGUGCAUGAGAUCCUGAGCUUCUUUGUUCCAUGUGUCAAAAUUCCUUCUUGUCAGAGUCAAAGCGAAGAGAAAAACUGUCCCCUAGCAACAUAUUACAGUGCUCCUCUAAUUUUUUUCAGAGCAGAGAAAGGCAGAUAAAUGAGCCUUGGCGGAAGUACAUUAUAAAUAAGCUCUCAUAGAGCCUAACACAACUGUAUUGUGGAGAUUAUUUAUUUUUUAUAGCGGCCUUGGUUCCAGGGUGCUCUAUAUAUGAGAAAGGGUUUAAAAAAAACAUACGCCACACAAAUGCAAGUACAAUGAAUGUAAAACAGUAAAUGACAGACUGAUAUAUAAAGGGAGAGGGACUUAUGAGUAUGGAGUCAUUUUUCUAGCAGUAUAUUUUCUCGUCAUCUAGAUGAGUGGAGUUUGUGUAUUUUAUUUGUUGUAGUUGAUGAUCUACUUUUGACUGAUUCUUUUUUUUUUUUUGCAUAUAGACCCAUUUUAACACUGUGCUGGAGUAUGAAAAAAUACCAGCACAGAGUGUCAAAUUCCGUGUAAGCUCAGUCUUUGUGUAAAAAUUCCGACUUUGCGCAAAUGUUUUUCUUUUUGCAAAAAUGGAGCUUGCUCAAAAAGAAUGCACCUAUUUGCAACUCUGCACUGGUGCAAAGAAUGAUACAUUCCCCCAUUAUAUUGUGACUGUAGGCAGAAGUGUGAGAUUUGCCACAUGUAUUCUAUGUAGUUGUUAUCUUGAGAUUUCUGUACUACAGACAGGAGUUUACUGGCUGGGUCUAAAUGCAUCGACCAAUGUCCAGUCAAUUAUACAGUGUUCUGCCAUGUGAAAGAUGUCUGGGCUGCUUUGAGAUCAUUUAAAUGCUGGGAAGCUACUUGAAGAACAUUAAAUCCUUUUACUUUGAAUAGAUGAAACCAUUUCAUUGUCUCUGUGGAUCACUCAUUUUCUUGUAACUUUAUGAAAUGGAUUGUCCUCAAAAUAAAAUUAAAAAACUAUUCACAUGUAUUGUACUUUCUAUCAGAUCCCUGGAGCGGAGUCCUCACCAGAACUCUACCAAUAACAGCCAAGGCUGAAGCUAUCCUAAAUCUGUGAAAGAGAUUGUCACCAACUAUAAGGCUAGGUUCAGAUGGAGGAAUUUCUGGGAAGAGAUUCUGUGGGCGCACACUGACUGAAUUGGUCAACGCUAGCACUGCACGGUAGGGAUCAACCGAUUAUCGGUAUGGCCGAUAUAAUCGGUCAAUAAUCACGAUUUUGGGCAUUAUCGGUAUCGGCAAUUACCUUGCCGAUAAUGCCCCACCGUGACUGCCGACCCGCCGCAACGCGACCAGCCCCCCCCCCCCCGACCCACAGCACCGCGUCGCACCCCCCACCGUAG